AUAUGCGAACGUAACUUGGACUUGUACAGAGUCCAGACUCCCUCUCUCUUCCACACACUUCAGUGGCUUUUCUCCGCUCAAUCAAUGGUGUUUUUAUAUGUAUAUGACAACGAAAAGCUAAGAGACAAAGCGCAGACCAUUUCUGGCCCAGGAUUCGGAACAUCUGGCUAUAGGAUUUCAUGAAUGCUGAAGAUGGUUUAAAGCAACUUGAUAUUUUUCUGAUAAGUGUACGACAUACUACCUGUUGAUAUUGAGUUGGAACCCAUAAUUUAUGUGAAGUUUUAUGAGAGUCUGACAGAAAAUCUUAUUAUUACUUGUCUUGAGGGAUGAUGCAUCUUAUGCUAAUGCACGGUUACCUUUGUUGGGGCAUUCUGUUGGGGCAUCCUUUUGUAUCUGGGCUUAGUCUUGGCUCAGGGCAGCAUAGAGGCGGAGGAUCUGGGGCAGAAGGCUGGUCAAGUGAUUUUGGUUCAGCUUUACGUAAUGGUUCUGAAACCAGCAUCUAUAAACAUGUCAAAAGAUCAAGCUUUUCAUCCCAGCCUAAUAAUAAUUCAGUAUCUUGUGAGGAUCUGGAAGGUGUUGGCUCAUUUAAUACCACCUGCUUGCUAAACUCAAAUUUUCGGUUGAAUUCUGAUCUUUACAUCUAUGGUACUGGAAACCUAGAGAUUCUCCCGCACGUUUCAAUUGAGUGUCCUAUUCAAGGUUGCGUUAUUGUUUUUAACAUGUCCGGAAAUGUUAAUGUUGGUCAACAUGCAACUAUUAGUGCUGGUUCUAUAAUAUUUUCUGCUGCAAAUCUGACCCUUGAAAGCAAUUCUUCGAUUAACUCUACGUCCUUGGGUGGACCACCACCUUCUCAAACUAGUGGUACACCAGUUGGCUAUGAUGGUGCUGGUGGAGGGCAUGGUGGCCGAGGUGCUUCCUGCUUGAAAAAUAAUGUGACAAAAUUCUGGGGUGGUGAUGUUUAUGCUUGGUCAUCUUUGUCUGAACCCUGGAGUUAUGGGAGUAAGGGUGGUGGCACAUCUGCUGAAAAGCCAUUUGGUGGGAAUGGCGGAGGACGUGUUAAGCUUCUUGUCAAGGAUAUUCUAUAUUUAAAUGGAUCUAUAACUGCAGAAGGUGGGGAUGGAGGACAAAAAGGGGGAGGUGGAUCUGGUGGAAGUAUCUUUGUACAUGCUGUAAAGCUGAAGGGAUAUGGAAGAAUAAGUGCAGCAGGUGGGAGGGGAUGGGGAGGAGGUGGUGGUGGAAGAAUCUCUCUGGAUUGUUACAGCAUACAAGAAGAUGUCAAAGUUACUGUGCAUGGUGGUAUGAGUAUUUGCUGUCCAAGGAAUUCUGGCGCAGCUGGCACGUACUUCAAUGCAGAUCUACUGAGUUUAAGGGUUGGCAAUGACAAUGUCACAACAGAAACUGAAACCCCUUUGCUUGAUUUUCCGACCACCCCGCUAUGGUCACAUGUUUUCGUAGAGAACAACGCAAAAGUUUUAGUCCCUUUGCUUUGGACCAGAAUUCAGGUGAGGGGCCAAAUUAGUCUCUAUUGUGGGGGGACAAUUGUCUUUGGACUGUCUCAGUAUCCAGUGUCUGAAUUUGAGCUUGUCGCCGAGGAACUUUUGAUGAGUGAUUCCGUCAUUAAGGUUUUUGGCGCAUUUAGAGUUGCCAUCAAAAUGCUGCUCAUGUGGAACUCCAAGAUUGAAAUCGACGGUGGUGGAAAUACUGUUGUUACUGCUUCUGUCCUUGAAGUCAGGAAUCUGGUUGUUCUGAGGGAAUACUCUGUUAUUAGUUCAAAUGCAAACUUGGGUGUAUAUGGUCAGGGAUUGCUGAAGUUGUCUGGUCGUGGUGAUGCAAUCCAAGGCCAGCGGCUUUCCUUGUCCCUUUUUUAUAACAUAACUGUUGGCCAGGGUUCUUUACUUCAAGCUCCACUUGAUGAUGAUGGAAGUAGAAGCCUGGUAACAAACUCCCUUUGUGAGAGUCAGACAUGCCCAGUGGAUCUGAUAACUCCACCUGAUGACUGCCAUGUCAAUUAUACACUCUCCUUUUCCCUUCAAAUAUGUCGUGUUGAGGAUCUUCUCGUGAAUGGACUUAUCAGAGGCAGUAUAAUUCACAUCCACAGGGCAAGGACUGUCAUUAUUGAUACUGGUGGUGUGAUUACUGCUUCAGAAUUAGGUUGCAGUGAAGGUAUUGGAAGGGGAAACUAUUCCAAUGGAGCAGGUAGUGGUGCUGGACAUGGGGGUAGAGGGGGCUCUGGGAAUUUCAACGGGAGGGUGAGCAAUGGGGGUGACAAAUAUGGUAAUGCUGAUCUCCCCUGUGAAUUGGGUAGUGGAACUGUAGGCCCUAAUCAAUCAUAUGGGCAUGUGGUUGGAGGCGGGAUGAUAGUAAUGGGAUCAAUCCAGUGGCCACUCGUAAAGCUUGAUGUUUAUGGAUCUUUGAGGGCUGAUGGUCAAAGCUUUGGUAGAGCAGUGAGAUAUGGCAACGGUUCUUUGAUUAGUGGACUUGGUGGAGGUUCUGGUGGGACAGUCCUCCUUUUCCUUCAAGAGCUUAGGCUUUCAAAGAUGUCGUCUUUAUCUAUUGUUGGGGGCAAUGGUGGCCCUCUAGGUGGUGGUGGCGGUGGCGGUGGGAGAGUUCAUUUUCACUGGUCUAAGAUAGAUGUUGGUGAUGAAUAUGCUCCAGUUGCAAGUAUAAAUGGCUCCCUAAACAAUAGCGGAGGUGCUGGGCACAAUGGUGGUCUUCGUGGAGAGGAAGGCACAGUUACUGGAAAAAAAUGCCCUAAGGGUCUCUAUGGUACUUUCUGCAAGGAAUGCCCUAUUGGAACUUACAAAGAUGUUGAGGGCUCUGAUGAACAUCUUUGCACGCCGUGUUCUAUUGAACUUCUUCCCAAUCGUGCUAAUUUCAUAUACGUGCGAGGAGGAGUUAGUCAGCCAUCUUGUCCCUAUAAAUGCCUUUCCGACAAAUAUAGGAUGCCAAGUUGCUACACGCCUUUUGAGGAGCUCAUAUAUACUUUUGGGGGGCUUUGGCCUUUUGCACUUGCGUUGUCAUGCAUAUUGGUCCUUCUAGCUUUUCUCUUAAAUACUUUGAGAAUAAAAGUGGUUGGAUCAAGAACUUAUCAUCGGGAAAAUACAAUUGAACACCAGAGUCAUAGCCAUUUUCCGUACCUUCUUUCUUUAUCAGAGGUGCGGGGAACCAGAGCCGAGGAAACUCAAAGCCAUGUUCACAGAAUGUAUUUCAUGGGUCCCAAUACUUUUAGAGAACCAUGGCAUCUUCCUUACUCUCCUCCCAAUGCAAUUAUAGAAAUUGUGUAUGAAGAUGCUUUUAACAGAUUUAUUGAUGAGAUUAACUCUGUUGCUGCAUUUGAUUGGUGGGAAGGGUCAGUUCACAUCAUACUUUCAAUUCUUGCAUAUCCUUGCGCCUGGUCUUGGAAGCAGUGGCGAAGGAGAAAUAAAAUUCAUCGCCUUCAGGAAUACGUCAAGUCUGAAUAUGACCACUCGUGUCUGCGCUCAUGCAGAUCCCGAGCUCUGUACAAGGGGAUGAAGGUUGGGGCAACACCAGACUUGAUGGUGGCAUAUAUUGAUUUUUUUGGUGGCGAUGAGAAGCGUUUGGACAUGGUAUCAAUUAUACAGAAGAGAUUCCCUAUGUGUAUAAUUUUUGGUGGUGGUGGAAGCUAUAUGUCACCUUACAAUCUUCACAGUGAUACAUUGUUGACAAAUCUUCUUGGCCAGCAUGUCCCAGCAACUGUUUGGACUCGUUUGGUGGCUGGUUUGAAUGCUCAGUUAAGGACAGUGAGGCAUGGAUCCAUCCGCUCUGCACUUAUUCCGGUUAUUAACUGGAUAAAUAGUCAUGCAAACUCACAACUGGACUUCCAUGGGGUUAAAAUUGAGCUGGGAUGGUUCCAAGCAACAGCUUCGGGUUACUAUCAGCUGGGUGUUUUGGUAGCUGUCGGUGAUUAUUCUAUCCACAAUUUGCACCCACCGGAUUUGUUGGGCAGAAGUGCUGAUGAAUCUCCAAGGCAAAAGGUUGCAUGCCCAAGAAAAAGUCUUAAGCAGCAAACUUGGGCAUGUACAAGCCAUGCAUUAUCUCUCAAAACAGUCACUGGGGGAAUUAAUGGAGGACUUGUAAAUGAUACUACAUUGAAAUUUCUCGAUUAUAAAAGGGACUUUGCCUUUCCCCUUCAUCUCUUACUGCACAAUUCAAGACCUGUUGGUCGUGAGGACAGCCUGCAGCUGCUGAUCACUAUCAUGAUUUUGGCAGAUCUUUCUGUCACUCUACUUAUGUUGCUUCAAUUCUAUUGGAUUUCUCUUGGGGCUUUCCUUGCCGUGCUGCUCAUUCUUCUAUCCCUACUUUCUCCCUUUCCAGCUGGCUUGAAUGCCUUGUUCAGCAAAGAACCUAGAAGAGUUUCGCUUGCUCGUAUCUAUGCAUUGUGGAAUGCUACAUCUCUAUCGAAUAUUGUUGUGGCUUUUAUCUGUGGCAUAUUCCAUUAUGGAUUUUCCUCUUUCCAGCCGCCUGACAAGACAAGUGCUAGGAACACUAGAAGGGACGAUGAUAAAUGGUGGCUUUUGCCAACCAUCCUUGUGCUGUUCAAGUCAAUACAAGCUCGUUUUGUCAACUGGCACAUUGCAAAUCUAGAAAUCGAAGAUUUGUCACUGUUUUGUCCAGAUCCGGAUGCUUUUUGGGCUUACGAGCCGAGUUCAUGACUAAUGAAAAAGAGUUAUUGCAUUGUGAGUAUCAAUCUCAGCCCCUCUCUCAAAUGCUGAAGGUCAGGGAUCCUCUGCUUCGGGGAAGUUACAUCUACUUUGCUUUGUGAAUAUAUUGAUAGUCGUAUGUAGGAAGGCAUCAGAGUAUAGUUUUCAGUUUUGUCCAUUGUAAUUAAUAGUAUUCAUAGCGGCAUUGGGUGCAGAAUUUUUUUAUUUUUUUAUUUUUGAGUGAUCAUUAAGAGGUGCUUGUGUAAAGAAGGAGAUAGAGAAUAGAUUUCAUUGUUCAGUUUUCACUGAUUGCUCCAUUUUCAUAUAAUACUUUGUAUUAAAAUUAUAUCUGUCAAA